UUUCUGAUUAUUAUUGAACUCUUAUAAGAUGCUCCUGAGUCAAUAUGAGCUCUUAAUUUAUCAUGAUUUGGGUGAUAUUACCAUUACUUCUUGCGUCGUAAGAAGAUGUUAAUGGUCUUGUAGGGUUAGUGUGGAUUAUUGACUUCUACUACCAAUUAAAAUUAUUAUAAUCCAUCAAAACAUAAAGUCAAAUAAGAAAAAUACUCCAUAUUAAUUGUAAUUAAUAUUAUCUUACAAUUUUUUUGUGGGAAUUACAAUUUCAAUCUUUAUUUAGUUACAAGGCAAUAGUAGAAACCAUGUACUAAUUCCUCUUGUGUUGACACGACAUUUUAGAAGAUCAUAUUAUUUAAGCUAAUGAUGUGACAUCCAUAAGAAAUACAUAUGAAUAUAUCCUUUUCUAGAUCCAUAAGAUAUACUCUAUAUUAAACACAUAGGUCUUUGUCAAUUUUUUAAAACACAUAGGAUAUUUGCAGAAAUUGUAUUCCUGUCAUUCGUGACACAUACACACAUAAAAAAAUACUCAUUAUUAUGCAUAUUUAAGUAAAAAAAGAUAUUUAUACAUUCAAGUGACGUUAACAUGAUGUACAUAUAACAUGAUUUUUUAUCAAUAACCACGGGAUGAGAUAAGAUUAAGAAAUAUCAUACUUACAGACAUAAUAUAGACAUGUAUCCCGCAGAAAAAAAGCACAUGCCUGACAUAUUUUAUAGUAACGAACAAAGAGGUAUAGUACUCAUUACAUGUCAAAAUAUAGUCAUAUUAAUUUUGCUUUUAAACUUUUCACCACGUUUCUAGGAAAACAAUUAACAAAAUUCAUGUAUUAAAAUGUGCCUUGGUCAGUCAACAGCUGAAUUAACUGUUCUCUUACCUCUGAGAAAUUAAGUAUGAGGAGGAGGGGGGGGGGGUUCUUUUACAUGCUUUGACUUCUCUACACCUUACGGAGAGAAAAACGGGUGCGACUAUGUUUCGCUUAGUGCGAGACCGAACAGGGUUUCACCUGAAGCAGACGACAAUGAGCCGCGCCAUCGCACUCCACGUCCACAUGACUUAAGUGCUCGUCUUUUAACUUUUUUGUUUUUUAAUUUUGUUUUUUACUUUUACUGAUAUUUCUAAUUAUCUUAAACAUAUAUGUUACAAAAAUCACUUUACACAAAUUUUCGAAUAAAUGUGAAUGAACACACACAAUCAAGGUUCAAAGAAAUUCUACUUCACGCCUUCAGGAUUCUAUGACGCUCACUCAAUGGUAUUGUGGGGAUUACAAGCAAUCAAUAAACGAGGAAGCCAAAUUAUACAUUUUAAACAUGUUAGACGUGUAUAGAAAAAUGUUUCUAAUGUAUACGAAAAAUGUACAACAUAUAUGGAAAAAGUAGACAUCAAAACAUAUAUAUGACAGAAAAUGUUAAACAUGUAUAAAUAUUGUUUAUGGUGUAUAUAAAAAAUGUACAUGGUGUAUGGUGAAAAGUAGACAUAAGAAAAUGAUGUUUCAAAAAUAUUAAUCAUGUUGUAGAUAAAUAUUGAACAUGUAUAGAAAAAUGUUCUUCAUGUAUAGGAAAAAUAUAUAAUAUGUAUGAAAAGAAAAUUGUUAAUCAUGUACUUGAAACAUGUCAAACAUGAAUAAGAAAAAAUGUUUCUAUGUAUAUAAAAAAUGUUCAAUAUGUAUGAAAAAAAGUAGACAUCAAAACAUUUGUAAAAAAUGCUUAAUAUGUAACAAAACAUCAAAAAAAUGUUCAAAAUGUAUAAAAAGGUUUUUAAUUGUGUUAAUAUUGUAGUUCAAAAUUGUUAAACAUGUAUUGAUAAAAUGUUUAUUAUGUAUAUGAAAAGUGUACCAUUUGUAUGAAAAAAGUAGACAUCAAAAUACAAUUCUGGAAAAAAUGUUAAACCUGUAUUUAAAAAAUGUUUAAUAGUAUGUAAAACAGUCCCUCCUAUAUGCGAAAAAUAUGCAAUCUGUAUGAAAUAAGUAGACCUCAAAACAUAUAUUUCAAAAAAUUGUUAAUCAUGUAUUUGUGAAAUGGUAAAUGUGUAUAAGGCUGUUUGCCUGUAUAACAAAAUAUUAUGUGUAUGAAAAAAUUCAUCAAAAUAUAUAUAUUUCAAGAAAUAAUAAUCAUGUAUUUAAAAAAUGUUAAACAUGUAUAAAAAUAUAUCUAGUGUAUAUGAAAAACGUGGAAUUGUGUUAAAAGCCGAAAGAAAUCCAGAAAAGACAAAUCAUAAAAAAGCGAGAAAAAACAAGAAAACAGAAAAAACUAAAAAGAACUGAAAGAAAACAAAGAAAUAGAAUUAAAAAAUACAGCAUGAAAAAAUAUUUCAUUUCUCUAGUCUAUACUAAAAAGCCGAAAACCUUGCCGCAGUACUGUCCGACCCAGAGCGGGCGAGGAGAGCGCAUCUCGUUAUAAGCUAUAUAGAUAUUUUCCGCCGAUAAAAACGAGGAGGGAGUUCUGUUUCAAGAAUUUAGGAGUUCGAGCGGCCUGCAGUACGGCCGUUCAAAUGGGCUUAUGGGCCUUCUCUGCCUGCGGAUAUAUGUCAUGGGCUAAUAUGAUUACGCUCAAAACACAAAUAGGCGGGAGCUCCUAUGCAGCGCUGCAGGCGCUCGUUAAUGAUCCGGCGCCUGCAGUGCUGCUAGCAUGGUCCGGCUCACUAGCGUGUUGCCCCAGUUUUUUUUCUAUUUUUUGUUACGAAAGUAAAAAAUAUGAAAUCAAAAAAGGUUAAUCUAUUUAAAAAAGUUCAUAUUUUUAAAAAAGGUUCAUCAAUUUUGAAAAAAGUUCAUCAAUUUGAAAAAAAGUUUAUUCAAAUUGAAAAAAAUUCAUCCAAUUUAGAAGAAGGUCAUUAAAUUUUUAAUAUUUUCAUUAAAUUUGGAAAAAGUUCAUAGAAAUUCAAAAAAAGUUAAUCUACUUUUAGAAAAAGUUCAUUGAACUUAAAAGAAGUUCAUACAUGUUCAGAAAAUGUUCAUCAAAUUUCAAAAUAUUUCAUAGAUAAUAAAAGUUCAUCAAUCUGAAAAAAACCGUUGGAAUUUUUAAAAGGUUUGUAGAUAUUCAAAAAAGUUCACAUAAUUCGUAAAAAAGAAAAUGUUAACCGGCGCCUAGAUGGGCCGGACCAUUCACGGACGCCACAGGCGCCAGUUAAUGAAAAUGCAUUGUCUCAGAAAAAAAUUAACGAAAAUGCACGUUAACUGGUACCUUUGGCGCCAAAUAGGAAAUGCCCAAAUAGGCUUCCAAUGAGUUCUGCUUCGGUUGUGAAAUGUUCAAGCGGGCUGCAGUGUUCGGUUUUAGCAUGGGCUCCUCUGCCGGGAGACCAGCUCUUUUGUGAUUGUCUCAAAAUAAAAAUAAAACAUUUUUGCGAUUUUUAUGCUAAAAAUAUAAUGUAUUCUUUUGUGAUUGUACUAAAUACAUUUUUCAGAUAAAUCAUGGGUGUCCUUCCAAUGAAACAAAUGGUGAUACUCCCACAAGCCUAAGGCCCAGCAUGACCUCCCAGACCUAAUUUCUCAGCCCAUAAAAAGAAAAGGACCUGCGUUCCUAAAAAAAAGAUCCCUCCUAUACCUACUCGUGUAAUGAUCCAAGGCGAGCGAUGAUCUUUGACGAGAUAUCGUGGCCAUCCAUCACUUCUUUUAGGGGUUGAAGGAUCAAUUCAUCCAUUCUAUAAUAACGUAGCAGGUUUACAGUCAAGAUAUAGGCAAUUGCAACGGAAGUCAGGUGCAGAAUCAGUCCACCCGGCACUCGCGACCUUCCUUAGUCUCCUGGUCAUCCACCUUCGUUCCCCAUUCCCAAAUCCCCCUUUCCACAGAAGAACCCUAGUUAGGACGAUGGGGCUGGCGGUGCCGUUGCCGGAGAAGCCAUCGGAGGAAGCGCAGAAGGCAGAGGAGGCCGUCGACGCGGCGGGCCAAGGCCAGGAGAAGCGGCCCGACAAAGCGCCGGAGACAGGAGGGCCUAGCGGCGCCACGGGCCAACUCCAGGAGACGCCGCCGGGCGAAGCGUCGAAGACAGGAAAGGCGGGCGGCGACGGCGUCCAGCCGCUGACUGUUGCAUAUUUGUCUCACGCUGCUACUACAGCGCCACCAUCAGAGGAGUACAUCAAAAUGAUGGCUUAUGAGAUGGAGAAGAGUCGCAAGAAGACUGAUCCCUCGCUAUCUCCGCCAUCUUCAGUACCAAAGAAAUUUAAGAAGUGACGGAGUUGUUUGAUAUCUGUAGGUUCUGGGGGAGGAAGUUGUGAACAUACUUGGUGUAAAUGUUUAUACUAAUUGUCGGUUACGUGCUGUAAAUGUUUACAUAGAGAAAAAUGUGAUUUAUAUCCUCGGUUUUUGGGGAAAGAAAUAGUGAACAUACUUGCCUUAAAUGUUUAGGUCUGUUGAUUCAGCCCGUCUGGAUUGUCAGCAUACGUACUGUAAAUGUUUACAGGGCGUGGUUAUCUC